AUGGCCGAUGAACCUUCCGUCACUCGCUGGAGCUUUCAGGAUUUCAAAAUCAAAUAUGAUGCCAAGUUCGGAAGAAAGAAAGCACCAGACUCCGAAAAUGGCAGCUCACCCAACGAUGAUAGAUCAGUCCCCAAUGGGAAUUCUUCUGGCAUUGCAGCUAACGGUAAUGGCCAUAUGAAGAACUCAUCUGACAUGGCCAUUUAUGAGCAGUUUAGAAACCAGCAGAACGGGAGCUCAGGUCUUCCCAAUGGAACUUUAUCCAAUGGAGUCGGUGAAGUGCCGCAGAAGUCCUUGCUCCCUGCUUUCGAUUCUGCUGAAACACGAUCUUUAGCUGAAGGUUUGUGCAGGGAUAUUAUUCGUGGGAGCCCAGAUGUUAAGUGGGAGAAUAUCAAGGGGCUAGAGAAUGCAAAGCGCUUACUGAAAGAAGCAGUGGUCAUGCCGAUAAAGUAUCCAAAGUAUUUUACAGGUCUAUUAUCACCAUGGAAAGGCAUCCUUCUUUUUGGUCCUCCAGGGACAGGGAAGACAAUGCUAGCAAAGGCGGUUGCUACGGAAUGUAAAACCACAUUUUUCAAUAUCUCUGCAUCUUCUGUUGUUAGCAAGUGGCGUGGGGACUCUGAGAAGCUAGUAAAGGUCUUAUUUGAGCUUGCUAGACACCAUGCACCAUCAACUAUAUUUAUCGAUGAGAUUGAUGCAAUUAUCAGUCAGCGUGGUGAAGGUCGGAGUGAGCAUGAAGCGAGCAGGCGUUUGAAGACCGAGCUGCUGGUUCAGAUGGAUGGAUUGAUGCGAACAAAUGAGCUCGUAUUUGUUCUGGCAGCAACCAAUCUCCCCUGGGAAUUAGAUGCAGCCAUGCUACGCCGGCUUGAAAAGCGUAUCCUUGUGCCUCUUCCCGAGCCGGAAGCAAGAAGAGCCAUGUUUGAAGAACUCCUACCAUCAGCAAGUGACGAGGCAGACCUUCCCUACGAUGUCUUGGUCGAUAGGACAGAAGGUUAUUCAGGUUCUGAUAUUCGUUUGGUUUGCAAGGAAGCUGCUAUGCAGCCACUAAGACGUGUCAUGGCUAUCCUUGAAAACAAGGAGGAAAUCGUGCCCGAGGAUGAGCUGCCUCAAGUUGGGCCAAUAUCGGGCGAAGAUGUAGAUACCGCUUUGAAGAACACAAGGCCGUCUGCCCAUCUUCACGCCCACCGGUAUGAGAAGUUCAAUGCAGACUAUGGAAGUCAAAUACUCCAAUGA